UAAAUUUUCAGUUCUUUUGGGGAUUCAUGAUUGUGUAAGACACUAAAUAGGCCUAGCCAAUUCUCGCCAUUAUUGUUCAUAAAACGUAAAGUUAAACAGGUAAGGGAUAUUUGAUUGUUUUCAAAUACAUUUGAAAGAAAAUCCAUUGUUUGACCUUUAAUAGUGAAGUGUAAUAGGAAGGGAAUCAGUUGAAAUUUAACCAUUAUCACAAUAGCAACCAGUGUAAAGAGCAAACUGUCUUGACGUUUCCUAUGCGUACAAUGUGGAUCGAUGUCGCUGGUUCUCUGGUCCAAUUGUCAGUAAGCUUCGAAGGUCAAGUGUGUAAUCAACCCACCGCGUAGUGGUUAACAUUCUACAGCCUGAAACACAGGCCGACCGAACUAGACUCUCAACAACGUUGACGAAUUACCUUGAGUUUUACAGCCUGAGCCAAGAUGGACAACCCAAAUUAUCAAGAAGGCCCGGAGAAGCCUGCCUACCAGCCAGUACCCGCCCAGGGCUAUCCUCCAAAUCCGAACUAUCCACCCCCUCAAGGCUAUCCCUCCCAGCCUCCACCUGCCACACAGGUCACUGUGAGCCAGCCAGCCACCCAGGUCGUGGUGGUGGGUAAUUGUCCCGUCUGCCACGCGGGCGCUUUGGUGGACCAGUUCACCACCUGUGGCAUCCUACUGGCCAUCUUCUUCUUCCCUCUGGGGGUCAUCUGCUGCCUGAUGAUGAAAGAGAGAGUCUGUAGUCACUGCAACGCACACUUCGGCGGUUAAGGGGAGGCUGGAUUACUGCCGAUGACGUCAUAACAGUAUCUCAAUCUCCUCAGCCAACUAUUCAGACCUGGAAAUUGGAAUUCUCGACCAGCCACGUGACCUACCAAAAUUACCUAUCACUUUCGACGCUGUUAUUUCUAGAACUCAACAGACUCAGACCCCAAAUCUUUAAAACUCGUAACUGCAAAUUACAGUUAUACAGUGUAUAUUAGGCCAAUGGUUUGCCCAGAUUUAGCGGCAAUUUUAUGGACGAUACUUUGCAAGAUACUGAGCAAAACCAAAUGCAGCAUUCUGGAAAAGAGGGGCGCCCCAAAUGGGUACCCAAUCUGACUACCCACUGCCGUUAAAUAAAUAGAGGCUACUAAGGCAAAAUACCAGCAUUCAGAACGUUGAAGUAAUUAUCAUUAUUUCGUAUACUUUUCGUAUUUCGUAUAAGUGAGGGCCAAGUCGAUAGCUGGUUGAAGGGCAUGGUUAUUUCCUUACAUAAAAACCGCAUAAAACUACAUAUUUAGACACGAAUUUAAAAUAAACGAUCCAGGAAAAGAACAAGUUUGGAGAAAGUACACUUUAGGAGACCUUCAAUAUCAAAUCUCCCCGUUACCUGCUAUAAGACGAAAGUUUUUUCCCCUUUUUUACACCCAAAAUGCUGUCAAAGUUGUCAUGUGAUGAAGCUGUCUGUUACAAUGUUUGCUGGAAGGCCUCUUACGGUGGCAUUUUAUUUGCCACCGAUUAAUCACAGGUUAAUCACAUGCAUGCAACUGUUGGGAGUCACGAUUCAGAGUGAUCUUAAAUGGGACAUUCUCUAGAGCCCCUAACAGAUUAUUUACCUUGUGUAUUUUAAAGAAAUAUAAUGCUUCCUUGGCUGACUUAAUCUCGGUCUUCACAUGCUAUAUCAGAACAGUUUUAGCGUAUGGAAGCCCAGUCUGGUACCUCGGUAAGUAAACAACUGGCUAAUAAAAUUGAAAAUGUACAAGAAUGUGCAUGCCGUAUUAUUUUAGGCCCUCGUCAGUAUCACAACUACUCCAUUGCUCUGGAUGUGUUAGGUAUUUCUAGUCUUGUUACUGUAUAACUUUGGUACGAAACUUUUGGAAUCCCCUGAUUUAGAAAUAUGCUUCCACCCCUUAAAUUGAACAACACAACUAUCAGAAUACUCAGAGACAGUUCCACGACUACACUAGUUGUACCAAAGUGUAAAACUGAUAGGUACAUGAAAUCUACAAUUCAAUUUUUAGCUAAAGGUUUGUAAUUCGUAAUAUUUUUACUCGUAUGUGGGAGUGAGAAUUUGUCAUUUCACCAACCGUCCUGAAUGAACUGCCUUCGGUUUUUUCUCCUGUUUGGUGAACAUAGAUUUAUAACUUAAUUUUUCAUAAUUUUUAUUUUUCUUUAAAUUGUGAAUCAUUUUCCAUACUUUUAUUAUUUUAUAUUUUAUAUUCCUUCUACUGAUAUGUGAUGCCUUUACAUUAUUGUAAAUGGGGUUUUAUCAGCGACCCUGAUAUGGCUGCCUACCCUGUAUAUUUUAAUUAAAUAAACCAGAAUAAAUUUUGUUUUUUAAAGGGUAACUGAAAUUGAAAGCAUUUAGUUCACGA